GGCUGGGGGGCCGGGCCGGACGGGGGAGGCGCGAGGCAGGCGGGACCGCGGCCGGUUCGCGCUCCCUCCGGGGCUGCGCGCCCCCUCGGCUGCGCUCGGCACCGGGGCGCGGGCAGCAGAUGGGAGCUUGGGGUGCCCAAGAUGCGGGCGCCGGCCAGGGAGCUCUUCCGGGACGCUGCCUUCCCGGCCUCGGACUCCUCGCUCUUCUCCAGCUUCUCCACGCCGCUGGCCCAGUUCCGGGAGGAAAUCACGUGGAGGCGGCCCCAGGAAAUCUGCGCCACACCCCAGCUGUUUGCAGAUCGCGCUCAGGAAGGACAGGUGAAGCAAGGGCUGCUAGGGGACUGCUGGUUCCUGUGCGCCUGCGCCGCCCUGCAGAAGAGCCAGCACCUCCUGGACCAGGUCUUUCCUCCGGGACAGCCGAGCUGGCUCGACCAGACGUACCGCGGCUCCUUCACCUGUCGAGUUUGGCAGUUUGGACGCUGGGUGGAGGUGACCAUAGAUGACCGUCUGCCUUGUCUUGCAGGGAGACUCUGCUUCUCCCGGUGCCAGAGGGAGGAUGUGUUCUGGCUUCCCUUACUGGAGAAGGUCUACGCCAAGGUCUACGGGUCCUAUGAGCACCUGUGGGCGGGACAGGUGGCUGACGCCCUGGUGGACCUCACUGGUGGCCUGGCCGAAAGGUGGAACUUGAAGGACAUGGCAGGAGCCAGCGGCCAGCAGGACAGGCCCAGGGGCGCGGAACGCAGGACUUGUCGGCAGCUGCUCAGCCUGAAGGACCGCGGUCUGCUGAGCUGCUCAGUGCUCAGCCCCAGAACAGGUACCAGGGCGCUGGGGGAGUUUCAUGCUUUCAUUGUCUCGGACCUGCGAGAGCUCCGGGAUCGGGCUGGUCAGAGCAUCCUGCUGCUGCGGAUUCAGAACCCCUGGGGCCGGCGGUGUUGGCAGGGGCCCUGGAGAGAGGGGGGUGAAGGGUGGAACCGGGUGGAGUCCACGGCCCAGUCUGAGCUGCUGUCACAGCUCCAGGAGGGGGAGUUCUGGGUGGAGGAGGAUGAGUUUCUGCGGGAGUUUGACGAGGUCACCAUCGGCUUCCCCAUCUCGGAGGCUGGCCACCUGCAGAGCCUCUGCUCAGGAAGGGCGCUGUGCCACACUCAGGAGCUGCCCGGGGCCUGGGUCAAGGGCCAGUCGGCGGGAGGCUGCCGGAACUACAGUGGCUUCCCCAGCAACCCCAAGUUCUGGCUGCGGGUCUGCGAGCCCAGCGAGGUAUACAUGGCCGUCCUGCAGAGACCGCGGCUGCGCACGGCGGGCCACCCAGGCAGGGACUACCAGGCCGUGGGCCUGCACAUCUGGAAGGUGGAGAAGCGGCGGGUCAGCCUGCCCAAGGCCCUGUCUGCGCCCCCCGUGGCGGGCACCGCAUGCCACGCGUACGACCGCGAGGUCCACCUGCGCUGUGAGCUCGCCCCGGGCUACUACCUGGCCGUGCCCAGCACCUUCCUGAAGGACGUGCCAGGGCGGUUCCUGCUCCGGGUCUUCUCCAGCGGGAGAGUCUGCCUCAGCGCCAUCCAGCCGGCAGCCCAGAGCGCUGUCCCCCGGGAGGUCCUGCCCAUGGGCGAGUGGGAGACCGUGAGGCUGCGGGGCUCCUGGAGAGUCGGCCGGACGGCGGGGGGCAGCCGGAACUUUGCCUCCUACCCCACCAACCCCCGCUUCCCCCUCUCGGUGCCGGAGGGCGCGGGCCCCCGCUGCGUCCGCAUCACCCUGCGCCAGCACUGCCGUGACCACGAGGGCCUCCCCAUCGGCUUCCACGUCUUCCAGGCAGGCGCCCCUGCUCCCGGGCGUCUGGGUGGGGUGAGCCGGGGUCGGGCAGAGAGGCCCCCGGGGUCUGUCCGCGUCAUCCAGUCACACACAAGACUCAUUUCUAUUCCUAAAGUCCAUAGCUCACUGGGGGUCACGGCUCAGCUCAGGCAGCCCCUCGUCCACUCGCCCGGGCUCAGAACCACUGGACACUUGUGUCCUGAGCUGCCCCCAGCACUGCACCUGCAGCCGGGAGGCCCGACAGGGCGCAGAGGGUGCCGUUGUCCAGCAGGAGCCGCCCUGAAGCCGCGUGAAUCCUCCCCGCCCCAAACCCCGUGGCUGAGUCUGGAACCAGCGAGGGCCUGGGCUCUGGGGACCAGCAGGAAAGGGACGGAGGGGAGGCCCACACCCGCUGAGACGUGACGGAUGGUCGCGCCACCGAGUGAGGGUCUUCUGAUCAGAAAGAGAAGACAGAGCUGGGGGUAGGAGCUGAGAGCGAGGCCGAGGUACAGGGCCGCAUCCCAGGCAGCAGGAGGGUGGGGCGGCCUUCGGGAGCUCGGGGAAGUGCGCCAGUUGCCCCCGCAGAGGAGAGGCUGCCUCCCGGGCUCACGUGGGCAUGGGUGGCAGGAGACCGUGGAGGCCAGGCGAGGGCCAGGGCGUCACAAACGCCGCCCCGAGCGCCUUCCCCGGCCUCAGUCAGCUCUUCCUCUCCCAGCACGUGAACAGGAUGCACCUAGCGACGUGUAGCUGGAGAAGGCGGGGAGGUGAAGUGCUAGAGGUCAGAGGUCACAAACCCAGAUCCCAUGGUGAGGCGUGGCUCCCCUGCUCCUUCU